GGCCAUGGCUCAGUCAAAGUUACGCCACCUCCUGGUUCUCGAUUUCGAAGCUACAUGUGGAGACGAGAUUAAAGGGCAGAACGAGAUCAUCGAGUUCCCCACUCUCGUGUAUAACCUGGAGAACGAUGAAGUUCAGGCGACGUUCCACGAAUAUGUCCGCCCCGUCGUCCAUCCAAGGCUGACGCCGUUCUGCACUGAUCUCACAGGCAUCACCCAGGAUGUCGUCGACGCUGCGGACACUUUCCCCGAGGUCUGGAAGCGGUUUCAAGACUUCCUCAAGCGAGACGACCUCUUGGGUGACCCGUCCUCUUACGCUUUCUUAACCUGCGGCGAGUGGGACCUGCAGGCCAUGCUCCCACGACAGCUAGUCACCAGCAACAAUGACCACGGUUUGGAUGAAUCGGGUAAAAUGAUACCACCUUACAACCGCUACAUCAACGUCAAGAAGGCCUUCCGGAAGCAUUACAAGCUCCGUUAUGAGCAGGGCAUGGCGUCGAUGCUACGACACCUGCGGAUGCCACUCGAGGGAAGGCACCAUUCAGGUAUUGACGACUGCAAGAAUAUCCUGGCGAUUGUGAGACGGAUGCGCGAGGACGGGUGGAAGCCAGAGUGGAAUAUCUAAUGAGGUAAUUGACUCCCGUCUACGAUAGCUACUAAAAUAUUGUAGGCACAUCGGAACGUUCUUGAUACACAGGCGAUCAUUCUUAUCUCCUGAA